AUGGCCGAAGACCCUUCCAAGCCCAUCACCGAUGACUCCACCGCCACUGCCAUUCUCAGGCAGAAGCGUUCACCCCACCGACUUAUGGUCGAGGAAAGUCCGCAAGAGGACAACAGUGUUGCCAUCCUCCACCCAAAUACCAUGGAAGCUCUUGGUCUUUUCAGAGGUGACACCGUUAUUGUCCGAGGAAAACUCAGAAGAGACACCGUCCUUAUCUGUUUGAGUCAGGAUGACAUCGAGGAAGGAAAGAUCGCGAUGAACAAGGUCGCCCGAGGAAACUGUGCUGUUAAGCUUGCCGAUCUGGUUCACGUUUCUCCCGCCAAUGACAUCAAGUAUGGAAAGAGAAUCCACGUCCUUCCAUUUGCUGACUCGAUCGAAGGCCUCUCUGGUAAUCUAUUCGAUGUCUACCUCCGACCUUACUUCCUCGAAGCUUAUCGACCUGUCCGAAAAGGCGACGUCUUCCAGGUAAGAGGUGGUAUGAGAACUGUCGAUUUCAAGGUGGUAGAAGUAGAUCCUUCGCCAUAUUGUAUUGUCGCCUCUGAUACGGUCAUCCACACAGAGGGCGAUCCAAUUGACAGAGAAGCGGAGGAAGCCAACUUGAAUGCGGUAGGCUAUGAUGAUCUCGGUGGUUGUAGAAAACAGUUAGCUCAGAUCCGAGAACUCGUCGAACUCCCUCUACGACACCCACAACUGUUCAAAGCCAUCGGUAUCAAACCCCCACGAGGUAUCCUCAUGUUUGGUCCUCCUGGUACUGGUAAAACCCUGAUGGCUCGUGCCGUCGCCAAUGAGACCGGUGCUUUCUUCUUCCUCAUCAACGGUCCCGAAAUCAUGUCUAAGAUGGCCGGAGAAUCUGAAUCAAACCUUAGAAAAGCUUUCGAGGAAGCUGAAAAGAACAGUCCUUCUAUCAUCUUCAUCGACGAAAUCGAUUCUAUCGCCCCUAAACGAGAGAAAGCCAAUGGUGAAGUCGAGAGACGAGUGGUAUCGCAACUCCUUACCCUGAUGGAUGGACUCAAAGCUCGAUCCAACGUCGUUGUCAUGGCUGCUACCAACCGACCCAACUCUAUCGAUCCCGCUCUUCGACGAUUUGGUCGAUUCGACCGGGAAGUCGACAUCGGUAUCCCUGAUCCUACUGGUCGACUUGAAAUCCUCAGAAUCCACACCAAGAACAUGAAACUUGCCGAUGACGUCGAUCUUGAACAAAUCGCUGCUGAUACUCACGGUUAUGUGGGUGCUGAUAUGGCAUCUCUCUGUUCCGAAGCCGCUAUGCAGCAAAUCAGAGAAAAAAUGGACCUCAUCGAUCUUGACGAAGAUACCAUUGACGCUGAAGUUCUCGACUCUCUCGGUGUCACAAUGGAAAACUUCCGAUUCGCCCUCGGUGUCAACAACCCCUCUGCUCUUCGAGAAACUGUUGUCGAAAUCCCUACCACCACCUGGGACGAUAUCGGAGGUCUGGACAAAGUCAAGAGGGAGUUACAAGAGACUGUUCAAUACCCUGUCGAGCAUCCAGAAAAAUUCCUCAAGUAUGGUAUGUCUCCUUCGAAGGGUGUUCUCUUCUACGGUCCUCCUGGUACUGGUAAAACUUUGUUAGCCAAGGCCAUUGCCAACGAAUGCCAAGCCAACUUCAUCUCCAUCAAAGGUCCUGAGCUUCUCACCAUGUGGUUCGGAGAGUCUGAAGCCAAUGUACGAGACGUAUUUGACAAGGCUCGAGCUGCUGCUCCUUGUGUCAUGUUCUUUGAUGAGUUGGACUCCAUCGCCAAGUCUAGAGGUGGUUCCGGCGGUGAUGCCGGUGGUGCUAGUGACCGUGUCUUGAACCAGAUCUUGACCGAGAUGGAUGGUAUGAAUGCUAAGAAGAACGUUUUCAUCAUCGGAGCUACAAACCGUCCCGACCAAAUCGAUUCUGCUCUUUUGAGACCUGGUCGUCUUGAUCAGCUCAUCUAUAUCCCCCUCCCCGACGAGACUUCUCGAUUAUCUAUCCUCAAAGCUACUCUACGAAAAUCACCCAUCGACCCUGGAGUCGAUCUCAAUUUCCUUGCCAAGAGUACCGCUGGAUUCUCCGGUGCCGAUCUUACCGAGAUCUGUCAACGUGCCGCCAAACUCGCGAUCAGAGCUAGUAUCGAAGCUGACGUGCGCAAGGAAAGAGAAAGAAAAGAGAAAGCUGAAGCUGAAGGAGGUGACGUUGAUCUUAUGGACGCUGACAAUGAUGAGGAUGAGGUCCCAUCCAUCACAGUUGACCACUUCGAAGAGGCUAUGCGAUUCGCUCGACGAUCUGUAUCUGAUGCCGACAUCCGUCGAUACGAGAUGUUCAGUACCACCCUGCAACAAUCGAGAUCCUUUGGCAACAACUUCAAGUUCCCUGAGAGUGGUCAAGCGCAAGAAGGUGGAGCCAGCUUCCAAAAUGAAGCGGAUGAUGACGAGUAA